GAGAGGUCGGGCGGUCCCGGAGCGCAGAGACCGGCUCCUUGGCUGCGGCGGAGGCGGCAGUGGCAGCGGCGGGUUUAUAUGGAAAGGACAUUGGGGUGAGCUGAGCCUCUUCUAUUUCUAGCUGGCCUUCCUGAUUCACCACCCCCCUUUAAAACCUGGAGACAUUGGACUACACAAAGCCUUGUUGAUUCCAGGGAGACUAAUCGUCAAAGAUGUCCAGCAAGACGGCAAGCACCAACAACAUUGCCCAGGCUAGGAGAACUGUACAGCAGCUGCGGUUGGAAGCCUCCAUCGAGAGAAUAAAGGUCUCAAAAGCAUCUGCAGACCUGAUGUCAUACUGUGAGGAGCAUGCCCGGAACGACCCUCUGCUGAUAGGCAUACCGACCUCGGAAAACCCAUUCAAGGAUAAGAAGACCUGCAUCAUCUUAUAGUAGACCGGGAAGCAACCCCUCGCCUCUUAACGCAAACCACGGCAGCAACCUGAAGAGAUGCCUUCAGCUUACCCGGUAACCACAGCUAGUAACUAAAACACUCUUCUCUUGGAAUAGCAGACCCUGAAGUCUCUCUCUUCCAAGUUGUCCUUUCUUCGCCCUUUACUGAUUUAAUACAGAAUAACAAUCUUACUUUCUAUUUGAUAACUAUGGUAUCAUAUUGGGUUACUGUAUAAGGAAAGUGGCAGGGGAGUUGGGGAAGCUUGUCUUUUCAAUACAAAGUUGAUUAAGAUAUGUCAAGACCUAAACUGUCUAAGCACCAGUAAAUUAAAAUGUCAAGAAUCAC